AUCACUACAAUUAUUUGUCAGAUCGCACAUCUACACUCGCAGAGGAACAUGUUGUUCCAGCAACUAUAUGGUCUAUUUCUCCUCAGCCUUAACAUGCCGAAACGAGCGAUCGAAGUCAUGGCAAAAUGCGGCCUUUGCCCGUGCUGGACUACUCUGAAGGACCUGAACAACCGGCUCUCUGAAGGACAGGUAGAACGUGCACGAGCAGCUGUGCAG